AUGUCGUUUUGGCCAGGCAGUUUUUUUUUAAAAAAAGAGAAGUCGCGCGCUGCACACAGCGCGCAGCAGCACAGCAGCCCUUCAUUUGCACAUUUCAUCGAACACCUUCCGUGCAUGAGGAGAGGUGCAACUUCAGCAGCUUCUAUGGAGUUUUCCGGCGACCGGUGGUGCAGGUGCACCUCCUUGCGCCUGCACAGGUCUGUCACUGGCCUUGGAAACCAUAGGCUGCUCAACAAGUCAGCUUUCUUUGGUGUAUGA